CGUCAUAUUUUCGUCAGGCAUUUUGUAAGACUCCCACUCAAGAGGACCCCAGGAAGAUGUCCAUGCUUGCUGAACCCCGGAGGAAACAGAAGUGGUCAAUUGACCCAAGGAACAGUACCUGGAGCAAUGAUGACUCCAGGUUUGGUCAGAAGAUGUUGGAGCGAAUGGGCUGGUCCAAAGGCAAGGGCCUUGGCAGAAAUGAACAAGGAGCCACUGACCACAUCAAGGUGAAACCUAAAAACGACCACAAUGGUGUUGGAGGCAAAGAAAGCCAUGAGGAUAACUGGAUCACCCACCAAGAUGAUUUCAAUGACCUUCUUGCUCAGCUAAACAACUGCCAUGGCCAAAAAAACACUGAACCUCUGCCGAAAGAACAGAACAGCUUUAGCUUGGAAGAGAAGUCGAAGACCUCCAAAAAACGAGUUCAUUAUAUGAAAUUUGCAAAAGGGAAAGACCUUUCCUCUCGAAGUACAACCGACCUCAACUGUAUCUUUGGGAAGAGAGCAAAAAAUGACACAAGUACUGAGCAAAGCAACAACGCCGAAAGUCAGACUCCAGCUUCUUCUUGUGAACUUGACAACACCACCACCAGCACCCUGACCAUGAAGGAUUACUUUGCGAAGAGAAUGGCCCAGUUGAAAUUGGCCCGUAACCAGGCCGCUGCCUCCUCUUCAGUAGAGGACCAAACAUGGGUGGCUUCUUCUGCAUCCAGCAAAAAGCCCAAAAAGAAGAAGAAGAAGAAAAAGGUUGCAGAGGAGGUGGAUAUAAGUCGCAAUGCACCCGUUGCAGAAGAAGCUAGUGAGGACAAGCAGCCUUCGAAGCAUAAGAAGAGAAAGAGGAAAAAUGAGGAGCUGGAAGGGGUUUUGAAUAAAAACUCAAGCUCGGCUGUAGAGCAGGACUGUGAAGAGGAGAGACCUUCACCCAAGAAGAGGCAUAAAAAAACCAAAAAGUUAGGCGCAAUGCUGGAUGGACUUGCCCAGAAUGUGUCUAAAUGCAGCGAGGUGGUGGAAGUAUUGGAGAAGAAAUCGAAAAAGCCCAAAGAAAAGAAACAAGAUUUCUGAGAAGUCGAUCCCAUUUUGGACAAGGAGAUGAGCAUCAAUGUGAGGAGCUCAUCAGAUUUUUACAAGGUAUCUUUAAUUGUCCUCUAGAAUCACCAUGACAGGUUAAGCCACAAUUUUUGAGGCAACAUUUUUGACAAAACAUUGUGGGGGGAAAAACAUACUAGCAUUUCACAACAGCCCAUUCAGCAACAUUCCUUGCUGUCACAUUAACCACCAAACAUACAUUUCUUGGCCUCAGAGGAUGUUUAAUAGAUCCAUUCCAAUGAAUUGAACAAAACAUUAUAGUCCACAUUUUAAAUCAUUUUGACUAUGUAUGUAUAAAGGAUUUUUCUUGCAUUACACUAUGAAUAGAAAUUCCAAUGUUUUUCAAAACAGUAUUUCUUAUGAAUCUACAUUAUGACUGAGGUGUUUGUUGAAAGGAUCUCAUGCUAUUCGCAAAACAUGACAUGUAUGAGCUGUACAAAAUGAACCCAACCCAAAAUAAAUUUAAAUAACA